AGCGGAGCAGGAGGAGGAGAAGAGGAGGAGAGGAGGAGGAGGAGGAGGAGGAAGUCGGGGCUGAGCCGCUUCCUGUAGGCAGCGGGAUGAGCGCAGACAAAGCUGGGUGGGGACUCGCCGCUCGGGGCUGCUGCUGACCACCAUCCUCCUCCUCCUGCUGCUGCUGCGGCUGCAUCCCUCCGGCCCUCCCUCCUCCAGCCCUUCCUCCAUCCCAGCGUCCGUCCGUCCAUCCAUCCCUCCCUCCAUCCAUCCCUCUGUCCGUCUGUCCGUCCCGCCGCCGCCCGCCCCGCGGGGACCGGGGCACCGCUUCCAGGGCAGUGAAGGGCCGAGAGGAGCAGAGCUUCCCUUAGAGGCACAGAUCACCGGAGAGAUCAGCUUCUGCCCAUCCCGGGAGCCCUCCUGGCCUGCCCAUGGCUAGCAACAACACUGCUAGCAUAGCACAGGCCCGCAAGCUGGUGGAGCAGCUGAAGAUGGAGGCCAACAUCGACAGGAUAAAGGUGUCCAAAGCAGCAGCAGACCUGAUGGCGUACUGUGAAGCCCACGCCAAGGAGGACCCUCUAUUGACCCCCGUCCCGGCCUCAGAAAACCCCUUUAGAGAGAAGAAGUUCUUCUGUGUGAUCCUGUAAACCCAGGAGGAGCCUGACGGGCACUCAGGCCACCCUGAACACUGAUGUAGAGUUUUUAGGAAUGGGGACGACCUGCUGGUCCGCAGAAUUUAAACAAAAAUAAGUAAAAAACACGGCCUGGAAGCUACAGAGAUGUGCAUGUUUAAAGAACCUGGCCACCUUUGGGGGAAUCAGAUGAUCUGCAUUGCAAGGCAAAAGAUCUGAAGUCUGUAGAGUUGCCUAGAAAGAGAAAAACAAAAAAAAAAAAAAAAGAAAAAAAAGAAAAAACCCAUGUAAAGAAUAAAUCUGUGUCACUUUUCUGCUCACAAAAUUGUUCGAUUGUUCCAUAUUUAAAGCACCAGAGCUGUGCUGAGCAAAGUUAACUGCUAAGGAUGUGUAUAACCUUCUUGGAAUGAUAUUGUUGGUUUCUUUCCAAGCUAAUAUUUUUGAUUUAAGUUGUCAGAUAUAUAGCAGACAGGUUUGGUGGCUGUGCUGUUACUCAAUGUUUGGUCUUGUGCUUUUUCAUUUCUGGCCGUAGCAUAGCAGGGGGGGCCAAGGGGACACCAGCAGCUCUGUGUCCCCAGCAAGCCCCACUUUUUACCAUUCUCUCUAUGGUUAGCUUUGGUUCUGCAAGUAAAAGUGGUUCCUGUGUCGUGCUUGGUGCUUCCUAGCCCUGUGAUGACAUUCAGUGGUAGUGCAUGAGAGUUUAAUUCCGUUCAUCCGCUCCAGACUUUUCUUUUCCAGCGUUUGGCACCACGUGCUGGUGGAAGAAGCCGUAGGGAGGGAACAGAGGUGAUUCUGAAAGCAAAGAGAGCUCCUGAGAUGCCUUAGACGUGCCUGAAAUGCCUCCUGCCACAGGGCAGGUGCCAGCCCGGGUGCAGGCCGAGCCAGAAAUCCGAAAAUCAAAGUCGACCGCUUCUUUCCGGGUCUUUCCUUUCUCCUACACCUCUGUGCCUCUGCUCUCCUCGCUUGGUCCUGCUCUUUUCCCAGUUCCUGGUAGCACUUCCUUCCCUUGGGGCUGGUCUGGAAUGUUGCUGGGAUGCUGCUCAGUGGUGGGAUGCUGCUCCUCCAUGGAAUGCUGCUCCGUGGUGGGAUACAGCCCCAUGGUGGAAUGCUACUCCAAAAUGGGAUGCUGCUCCUUCAUGGAAUGUUGCUCCAUGGUGGGAUGCUGCUCCUCCAUGGAAUGCUGCUCCGUGGUGGGAUAUAGCCCCAUGGUGGGAUGUUGCUCCUCCAUGGAAUGCUGCUCCAUGGUGGGAUACACCCCUGUGGUGGAAUGCUACUCCAUGGUGAGAUUCUGCUCCAUGGUUAGACUCUGCUCCAUGGUGGGCUGGUGCUCCUCCAUGGGAUGCUAUCCCACCAUGGGAUGCUAUCCCACCAUGGGAUGCUGCUCCUCCAUGGAAGGCUGCUCCUCCAUGGAAGGCUGCUCCUCCAUGGAAGGCUGCUCCUCCAUGGAAGGCUGCUGCUCCAUGGUGGAAUGCUGCUCCAUGAUGGGAUGCUGCUCCAUGAUGGGAUGCUGCUCUAUGUUGGGAUGUUCCUGCCCCUUCCUGCCCCCACCUCCUCUCCCGUUCCCGCUGCCCCCUCCCCACGUUGGGAAGGGCCAGGGGAGCAGCCCCGGGAGCCGUGGGGCUACCCCUUCCCGGAGGUGCCUGAUUCCCUGUUUACACACGGCCUGGGCUCCGUGCCAGGCUGGGCAGUUAUUCCCAGGUCUGCUUCAUCUGCUCCCAGCUCUCGGGGGACACACGCCACCUUUCUGGGCUCCUCCUUGGGUCCGUGCUUGUGUGGAUGUGGCUUGUCUCUCCUUUCUGCUGCUAAACACCUCCUGGCUUUCCCCUGCUCAUCUGUCCCCCUGGGAAUCAUCCCUUUGGGAAUCAUCACUUUGGGAAUCCUCACUUUGGGAAUCAUCAUGUGGGGAUUUAUGUACAAAAUGACCUGGGGGUCACAAAGGGGUUUAGGGGCCUGUGGUGACCCUGCUGAACCAGUUCUGAAUCAGGUGUGAGCUUUUAAAAAUUCCUGUGGAUCCGGGAGGGGAAAAGUCUUUCGGUACCUUUUGGUAACUCUUUCUAGCCCGUAAAAAAAAAAGUGCUUUUUGGUUUUUCUACCUUUUCAUACUCUUUUUCUAGUUCUUCUACGGAGAAGGCCAGUUCUUCUCACACUGGACUCCAAACUUUUGGCACCUGGGAAUGUUUGUAAGCCACGAGUAGCCUAGAUGGUCCCAGCCCCCUGAAUUCCCCCAGUUUUGAUCUUUUUACUACAGCUCCCAUAGCUUUAGGAUGAAGGGUGGGUGAAGUGGUUUGCUCUGCAGCUGGUUUCACUCUUGGUGUUACCAGGCAGAGAUGUAAAAACCCCAUCCUGAGUUUUGUCUUUUCUUCUUAAUCGGAUGUAUUGUCACAGAGAGUGAAGUGCAGCCGGUCUGACCCUGGGCUCCCACCCUCCCUUUCUCAACACUGUCACAAAAGUGGUUUGUAAUAAUUUUUUUAACGACUUGCCUAUUUUACAACUCGAAUUCUUAAUACCUUAGACAACAAAAUAAACCUGCAUGAAUAUGGGGGAGCGGGGAGGGGGAGAUUUUGAAUUAACCCAAACUAUUCAUUGAAGGUGUUUAUGUUGCUGGGCUUGAUUUUCUGUUGGUUGUGGUGUUGCCAUUGGUGUGCUGCCAGGUAUUUCACCCCAGUAUUUCUAUUUACACAGAUCUGCCUUUGUUAGCCAAGCAGAGAUCUCCUGCCAAGGCUGUUUCCCCUCCUCACUACAAAAAUCCCAUCCAUCCCUCCAUCCCCAUGCUGGAUUUCCAGCCUGGCCUCAAAUGACAUUCCACUACCCCCAGGCUUUUAAAGAAAAAAAAUAUCUGGAGUACUGGAAAAAGGACUUUUAUUGUCUGCAAAUGUUGCUGCUGGCAAUUCUGUCCAUGGGUUGCCACCCUGCCAGCAGCAGGAUUUUGGGGAGGGGGUGGCUGUAGGGGAAAGCCAGUCGUGGUGUAGCGCAUCCCCAUCCCACAUGGUCUGUGUACUCGUUGGAAAAAUAAACUUUUGGAUUUGUUUCAA